AUGUCUCUCAACGACCUCGACCCCACUCUCAACGGGAACAAGGGCGUCGGUGUUCAUCCCGGCGUUGCCAACCCCACUGCAGUCGCUGCCGUUGACCCUAUGACCGCCAACUUUGUAACCGAUCCGACCAGUGAGACCGUCGGCGCCGGUGCGGGUGAGAACUUCAGCGGCCACAAGGACGCCCAGCGAAACUUCAGCAAGACCGCAGGCGUCGUCGAGGGCCGCCCCGGCAUCAUCGAGUCGACGCAUAUCGACCCGCUCAGCGAGACCUCCAACAAGGAUGACGGCUGGGCUAAUGCACGCACUGGUCCCAGCGCAUCCGGGGUAGGUGCUGGCCUCGGCGGAGUCGCUCAGACUGCAUACGACACGGCUACUUCGGUCGCGUCGGGAGCCGCCUCGGUCGCAUCGAACGCUGCACAAUCGGCAUACACCUUUGUCGCAGGUGACGAGAAGACCCGCCGGUCCGGCAAGGAGCCCUCCGCUUGA